AUGGACGUCCUCCUCUGCUGCUUCUGCGUGCUGCUUCUCCUGGCCUCCGCCGCGUCCGCCGCCAGCGAGCGGUGCGUUCGGCAGGGGAAGGCGGCCUACUCGCCCUCGCUCUCCCCGGUCCCUCAUCACGGUAGCAGCGGAGCGUGCGGGUACGGCGCCAUGGCUGCCGAGAUCAAUGGGGGCUUCCUCGCCGCCGGCGGGCCGAGGCAGCACCGCGGUGGGCUCGGCUGCGGCCGCUGCUUCCAGAUGAGAUGCCGAGACGCAAAGCUGUGCAGCUCCGGCGGAGUGCGGGUGGUGCUCACCGACUUCCACAGGAGCAACCGCACCGACUUCCUGCUCGCCGGGCCCGCCUUCGCGGCCCUGGCCAAGCCCGGGAUGGCCCAGGAGCUCAAAAGGCUAGAUGCCCUCUCCGUAGAGUACAAAAGGAUUCCAUGCGAGUACAAGGAGAAGAACCUGUCGAUCCGGGUGGAAGAAGCGAGCGACAAGACGCGGGGCAACCUGGUGGUGAAGCUGCUGUACCAGGGCGGCCAGACCGACAUCCUGGCAGUGGACGUGGCCCCCGUGGGGUCUUCGGCGGAGUGGCGGUUCAUGACGCGCGUGUACGGGCCCGUGUGGAGCACGCCGCGGGCCCCCGCCGGGCCGCUGCAGUUCCGGGCGGUGGUCACGGGCGGAUACGACGGCAAGUGGGUGUGGGCAGACCAGGAGGUGCUCCCGGCGGACUGGCGGCCGGGACAGGUCUAUGACACCGGCGUCCGCAUCGCCGACGUCGCCAGGGACGGAUGCCGGGGAUGCGCUGCCACCGCCGCCGGCGCCGCGAUGGACUACUGGAAGUGA